AUGUAUGGAGAAUAUAAGGAGCUAGAACGUGAAAAUUUGGAAUUUAAGAGAUAUUAUAAAUAUCAAAGUAUUGUAUCAGAUGAGGAAUGGGAUGAUUUUAUUGAAUAUCUUAAAAAAGAUCUCCCAUCUACAUUCCGCAUUGUUGGAAAAAAUCCUUACUCAAGUUCAGUCUUAGAAUAUGUGGAAAAACUUUCGAAAUAUUCAGAAAAUAAUGAUGGUGAACCAUUAGUAUCAUGCUUAGAGUGGUACCCAAAUAAACUUGCAUAUGAAAUAACAAAAUCUCGUUUUAAUUUAAAGAAAUCUUCUGGAAUAGCAAGAGAAUUUCACUCCUCAUUAGUUUUGUUUAGUGAUGGAGGUUGUAUAUUUCGUCAAGAAGCUGUAAGUAUGCUGCCUGUAUUAUUUUUGGAUAUAUCUAAACAUCACGCUAUUUUGGAUAUGUGCUCUGCUCCUGGCAGUAAAACUUCUCAAAUAUUAGAAAUUUUAAAAUCAGAUACAGACGAUAAGGAAUUUGUUAGUGGUUUUUUGGUUGCAAACGAUUUAGAUACAAGAAGAGCUCAUAUGUUAAUACAUCAUAUGAGACAUUUAAAUUCUCCUUCAUUUGUAGUAACUACACAUUCUGCCGAUAAUUUUCCAGAAUUAUACAUUGAUAAAGAUUCCAAAUUAACAAAAUUUUUGUUUGAUCGUAUUUUAUGUGAUGUACCUUGUAGUAGUGACGGUACACUUCGUAAAAAUCCAAAUCUAUUUUCAAAAUGGAAUACAAAUUUUGGCUGUUCUUUACAUCGACUGCAAAGGAAAAUUUUAUUAAGAGCUUUGAGCCUUAUAAAACCUAAAGGUUUAAUUGUAUAUAGUACUUGUUCAUUUAAUCCAAUUGAAAAUGAAGCUGUUAUUGCUUCUGUAAUUACAUCUUUAAAGAAACAGGGAAUAACAGUAGAAAUUAUAGAUCCUAAGAAUAUUUCGCAAUUAUCAAAUGAAGUUUUAAAUAAAAUUAAAUAUAGCCAUGGGAUAUCAAAAUGGAAAGUUCCUGUAAUAAUUAAAAAAAAAAGGGAUAAAAAAAGAAGGGAUGGAAAUGAUAUAAAUAAUAUAUCAAAUAUUCCUGAAUUCUAUGAACAUUAUCAAGAUGUUCCAAAUCAUUUACAUGAAUCUAUUGUACCUUCAAUGUUCCCUCCUGAAGAUCCAGAUAUAGCAUCAAAUCUUAAAAAGUGCAUAAGAAUUAUGCCACAUUAUCAAAAUACUGGUGGUUUCUUCAUAGCUAUUUUGAGAUUAUUAACAUCAUUAGAUACUGAAUAUAAAAAACCAAAUUAUAAUCUACAUAUUCAAGAUGAUUAUUGCCCUUUAAAAGAUCAUGAAUAUGGAGAAGAAAUUCUAAAAUUAAUGAUAGAACCUUAUGGUUUAAAAGAUUAUAAUAAGGAUGAAUUACUUAAUCAUUUGUUAUAUAGAAAUCCAAAGGGAAAUUUUAAUAAAGCAUGUAAUGAAAGGAGUAUUAAUAAAAAAGUAAAUGAUGAUUUAAAGAAUCAAAUUAAUAUAAAAAGUCCAAAUGAAAAUGAAGAUACAAUAUAUACACAAGAUGAGUAUCGCUAUCCUAGGAAAGUUUGGCUAAUAUCUAAAUCAUUAACUGAAUUCUUAUUCAAAGCAAAAGCAAAACAUUCACUACGUAUCAUUCAUGCUGGUUUCCCUAGUAUAGAAUUAUCACGUUUUAGGAAGACUUGUAAUCUCAAUCUAGAUAUAUCUCAAUUGCCACCAUUAUAUAGACUAAAUUCCCCAUUUAGUUUAUAUCUAUAUAAUCAGAAUUAUUUUAAAUUUAAUAAUACACAACGUUGUAUGGAUAUAUCUAUGUCAAUAGCAAUACAGCUUCUACAAACACCCCCAAAACCAGAAGAUCUUAAAUGUGAAAAGGAAUUCCAUCCUUUUAGAAUACCACGGUAUAUGUUAAAUGACUCUGAAUCUCCACAAUCUUCUUAUAUAUUUGAUUUACCAGGCUCAGUUAUAUUACGUCUUUAUAUUAAAGGGCAAAAUUCCCCAAUUUUUCUCCCAGCUCAUGUUGGUCGUAAUCAUGUUGAACUAUUAUUAGAUAAAUUCUUGCGUUUCUGUAUUAAAUUCCAUUUAGAGAAUAUCCAAUCUAAGAUAAAGUUAAACAUAUAA